AUGACUUCAAAGAACGCCGCUGAGCCGGAUGAGAUCACUGGCCAGAGCGCCCUUCCUAUCUCUCGCAUCAAGAAGAUCAUCCAGCUCGACGAAGAUAUUGUACAAUGCUCUAAUAACGCGACUUUUGUUGUUGCUAUGGCCACUGAAAUGUUCAUUCAAUACCUCGCCGAGCAAGGUCACAAUGUCGUCAAGUCAGAACGGAAACCACGGAAGACUGUUCAAUACAAAGACCUAGCAACGGCGGUAUCACAUAUCGACAACCUCGAAUUCCUCGCCGAUGUCAUUCCGAAGACCACAACCUACAAGCAAUUCAAGGAAAAGAGGGCCAAGGACGCCGCGGCAGCAGGAGAAUUGGAGAAGGGCCAGCAAACAUUAAACGGAACCGCCGCUGCAGCUGCCGCUGCCGAGCAAAAUGGCGCCCAGGCAGAGGAGCCAGAGGCAGUGUCUGAAGAGACACAGAAGUCACCAUCGAUUCCUCGCACACCGGUGGUGCCUGUGAGCACGUUGAUCGCGGAUCGAACAGUGGAUUCCUCGGCGCGCCAUGAUACCGAUGUUGAGAUGAAAGACUAA